GUAAGAGUUACAACUAUGGAUGCUGAACUGGAAUUUGCAAUCCUCCCCAGUACAACCGGAAAACAACUCUUUGACCAGGUGGUAAAAACAAUCGGACUGAGGGAGAUCUGGUUUUUUGGACUAAAGUACCAGGACAGUAAAGGAUUUUCCACAUGGCUUAAACUCAACAAACGGGUGACGGCACAGGAUGUGAGGAAGGACAACCCUUUGCUUAUCAAAUUCCGGGCAAAGUUCUACCCAGAGGACAUGGCUGAGGAACUGAUUCAGGAGACCACACAGAACCUCUUUUUCCUGCAGGUAAAGGAGGCCAUCCUAAACGAUGAUAUCUACUGCUCCCCUGAAACCGCCGUCCUGCUGGCAUCUUACGCCGUGCAAACUAAAUACGGAGAUUACAACAAGGAUGUGCAUGUACAGGGAUACCUGAGUCAUGAUAAACUGCUGCCAAAGAGAGUGUUGGAGCAGCACAUGAUGGCUAAAGAGCAGUGGGAGGAAAGAAUCCAGCAGUGGCACCAACAACACAGGGGGUUACUCAGAGAGGAUGCGAUGGUGGAAUAUCUAAAGAUUGCUCAGGAUCUGGACAUGUAUGGAGUGAAUUAUUUUAGCAUCAAGAAUAAAAAAGGAUCUGAGUUGUGGCUGGGAGUCGAUGCUCUUGGAUUGAAUAUUUAUGAACGAUCAGACAAAUUAACACCGAAGAUCGGAUUCCCAUGGAGCGAGAUCAGAAAUAUUUCCUUCAAUGACAAGAAAUUUGUUAUUAAACCAAUUGAUAAAAAGUCUCAGGACUUUGUGUUCUAUGCUCCUCGUUUAAGGAUCAAUAAACGAAUCCUGGCACUGUGUAUGGGGAACCACGAUCUGUACAUGCGCCGCCGAAACCCCGACACCAUCGAGGUGCAGCAGAUGAAGGUACAAGCUCGAGUUGAGAAGAACAAGAGGCAACAGGAAAGAACAAUGUUGGAAAAUGAAAAGAAGAAGCGAGAGAAUGCUGAGAGGGAAACAGAGAAGAUUGCCAAACAGACGGUGGAGCUGAUGGAGAGACUGAGACAGAUCGAAGAUCAGGCCAAAAGAGCUCAAGAGGAGCUGGAGGAGCAGACCAAGCGGGUGUUAGAGCUGGAGAAAGAGAGGAAACUGGCUCAGGAUGAAGCUGAGAGACUGGACAGAGAUCGCAGGAUGGCAGAAGAAGCUAAAGCUGCUCUGCUCCAACAUUCUGGAAACCAGAUAAAAAAUCAGGAGAACCUGGUAACAGAAUUGGCUCUGCUCACCUCUAAGAUCUCCCUGCUGGAGGACGCCAAGAAGAAGAAGGAAGAUGAAGCUAGAAAGUGGCAGAAAAGGGCGAUCAUAGUGAAGGUGGAUCUGGAGAAGACAAAGAAGGAGUUAAAGAGCAAAUUAAUGAACGUUCAUAUUCAGGCUCCUUCUCAGAUGGAAACUGAUCACGACGAGAACGAUGAGAGCAGCGCUGAAGCUAGUGCAGAGCUAACAUCUACAGAGACCUGUCAGGAUCGCAGUGAGGAACAACGAGUUACAGAAACUGAGAAGAAUGUUCGCUUGCAGAAACAAUUGCUGGCUUUGAGCUGGGAGUUAGCCGGUGCUUGUGAUGAGAGUAUGAAAACAGCAAACGAUCUAAUUCAUGCUGAGAACGUCCGCUUGGGAAGAGACAAAUACAAAACCUUACGCCAAAUCCGACAAGGAAACACCAAACAACGCAUCGACGAGUUUGAAUCCAUGUGA